AUGCCAACCGUCCAUCUACUCGACUAUGUGGCUGGGAAUGUCCGCUCCUUGGUGAAUGCAAUAAAUAAAGUUGGGUACAACGUUGAAUGGGUCAAAUCUCCUGAGGAUUUGAAAAAUGCAGAGAAACUCAUAUUGCCGGGGGUCGGCCAUUUCGGCCAUUGUCUUUCUCAGCUCUCAGAGGGGGGCUACCUGGAGCCCAUUAGACAGCACAUUGAGUCAGGAAAGCCAUUCAUGGGAAUCUGUGUUGGCCUUCAGGCACUGUUUGAUGGCUCAGAGGAAGAUCCUAAUGUUUCUGGGCUGGGGCUGAUUCAGAUGCGAAUGCGAAAAUUUAAUGCAGAUGCAAAAAGUGUGCCUCACAUAGGUUGGAAUUCUGCUAAGGAUAUUGGGAUUUACACCUCUAGCAACAAAACUUUCUACGGACUCAACCCAAACAGUAAAUACUACUACGUCCACUCUUACGCAGCUUUCCAUACGCCCGGCGUGCUAGAGGAACAUGGUUGGUCAGUUGCUACAGCAACGUAUGGAGAGGAGGAAUUCAUUGGCGCAAUAGCGCGAGAUAAUAUCUUUGCAACCCAAUUUCACCCAGAAAAAAGCGGCCAUGCUGGUUUACAGACCAUUCGUGCUUUUUUGAACGGUGACCGGUUCCAAUUACUGGCGAAAGAUGUUUCAGUUCCUGACAAGCAAAAAGAUGGAUUGACUCGCAGGGUUAUUGCCUGCCUAGAUGUCCGAGCGAAUGACGACGGUGAUUUAGUUGUCACCAAGGGCGACCAGUAUGAUGUUCGCGAGAAGACCGGUGUGGAUGCUGGGGGGGAAGUAAGGAACUUAGGGAAACCAAUUGACAUGGCCAAAAAAUAUUACGAACAAGGGGCCGACGAAGUUACUUUCCUGAAUAUAACAUCAUUCAGAAAUUGUCCGGUGGCAGAUACGCCCAUGCUGGAAAUCCUAAGAAGAACAUCAGAAACAGUUUUUGUCCCCCUCACAAUAGGAGGUGGGAUCAAAGACACAGUGGAUACUGAUGGAACUCAUGUUACGGCACUGGAUGUGGCAACCAUGUACUUCAAAUCUGGAGCAGACAAAGUUAGCAUUGGAUCGGAAGCCGUUCUUGCGGCGGAAGAAUAUUAUGAAGCCGGUGAGAAGUUAUCUGGGAAAACGGCAAUAGAAACAAUAUCAAGUGCUUAUGGAAAUCAAGCUGUGGUUGUGAGCGUUGAUCCCAAACGUGUCUAUGUUGACAGGCCUGAGGACACCAGUCAUCAUACAAUCAAGACAACGCAUCCAAGCAUUGCUGGGCAGAACUUUUGUUGGUACCAGUGCACUAUCAAUGGUGGUAGGGGGGCCCGAGAUAUUGAUGUUCGGCAACUAGCGUUGGCUGUCGAAGCCAUGGGUGCUGGAGAGAUUCUCCUAAAUUGCAUUGACAGAGAUGGGAGUAACAGUGGAUUUGAUUUGGAACUAAUCAAUGAUGUCAAGGCUGCCAUUAAAAUACCGGUAAUUGCUUCAAGUGGGGCUGGAGCUCCUGAACAUUUCGCGGAGGUUUUUGAAUAUACAGCUACCGAUGCAGCCUUGGGUGCCGGCAUAUUUCAUCGUGGCGAGUACACCGUCAGUGAGGUCAAGGACCAUCUAAGAAUCGCAUUCUAUCGGGACGUUGAUGAUAUUUGGCUUGUUGCUUUUAUUCUUGCUCCUGCUAUUGUUGCUGCGAUGGAUCUAUUGCACUUGCUGCAGCUGACCACUACGAUCUUUACACUGCUCGUGUAA